UGUACACACACACACAGACAUGUACACACACACACACACACACAUACAGACACAUGUACACACACACAUACAUGUACAUACACGCAGACACAUGUACAGAUACAAACAUGUACAUACACAGACAUGCACACACACCUAUAAAAAGUUGCAGUACUUCGUUGUUCACGCACAGAGCCAGGUACUGCACUCUAGGGGGAGGCAGAGAGCACAGCACACACUCCUUGCUUUGCUUUCACUGCGCUCAGCUAUUGAGCAGUCUGACGGCUCCCAGUGCCAAUGACAGAUCCGGCCUGAGCUCCAAGCCUGCUGAGCAAGACGGCCCAGGGGGACACACUCGCCCCCACCAUAAUUUCCACUCGCCAUUGGCUAGCAGGCGAGUGGAAAAUUCAGGGCCUGAU